GCUCUAAGAACUGACCUCAUCUUUGCACUCCACUGAUGUCUUUGUCGAUAUCUGACUCACACCUCUGUCUCUGCAUCCUUUUGUCUUUUGUUUACACUAGUGGGUGCACAUCAUAACGGCCUAGGCCAUGUGUUAAUUUGCCAUUUUAUUAUAUGACACCUGCCACACCACAAUGUCUUUUAUACCGACAUGUAACAGUUGAAACAGUUGGUUUUCCCCUGGAGUCGUUCCCACAGUUUUUACCACUUCCUUUUAUUUUCUGCUCAAUUCUCGAUGAUUGGCCUGAAAUCAACCAAUAACAGUUCAACAUUACAAGGUAGUGGGCACUGUUAGUGAAACCACCAGGAAACAGGAAGCCAGGGAAAUUCUGUGAAAAGUUUACUAGUCACCUUCACUGCUACACAUAUAUAACACAGUGCCUACAAAGGAGAACUGGUCACACAUUAUUGUGGUGGGUCUGUUCAGAGGAGCAAGGCUCUUGGGGCAUGACGACGGCGAACAAAGGAAACAAAGCCUUAAAGGUGAAGCGUGAGCCAGGGGAGAAUGGCACCAGUCUCACGGACGAGGAGCUGGUGACCAUGUCAGUGCGAGAGUUGAACCAGCACCUCCGAGGGCUCACCAAAGAAGAAAUCCUCCAACUGAAGCAGCGGCGGCGGACCCUGAAGAACCGUGGCUACGCCGCUAGCUGCCGAGUGAAACGCGUUACACAGAAGGAGGAGCUGGAGAAGCAGAAGGCCCAGCUGCAACAGGAGGUGGACAAACUGGCCAAUGAAAAUGCAUCAAUGCGUGUUGAGCUUGAUGCUCUGAGGUCCAAGUAUGAGGCGUUACAGACCUUCGCCCGGACUGUGGCACGAACCCCCUCAGUGGGAGUUGGGGUGCGGGCUGGAGGGGGAGGCGGAGGUGUGGCCUCAUCGGUCAUUGGUCCACUCAUACCAGGGAAGAUGGCCACAGCGACCAGUGUGAUAACAAUAGUGAAGUCAAAAACAGAUGCACGGUCUUGAGAGAGGGGAGCAGGAUGAGGGUGUGUCAAGAUGGAGUUCAGCUACGGCCGGUCGCCUCUGUGUCCUGCCCUGGCCUGCACUGACUCUGGAUGUACUGUAGAACAGGGUUAUUUAAAUCCAUCUCAGUAUGAUAGGGUCAGUAUCUUUUCAUGUGAUCACUGAUCAGCUGGGAUAAAUGUUCAUAGAGAAUAUUGCACUGAAAUAAUAACAAUCAAAUGUUUUUGACACAAUAAUAAUGGCAGCAAUAAGCAAAUCCAGAUCUUACUGUUUUAUGAGAUGCAAUGUUUCGUAUAAAAGAAACUUUUACCUGAGGUCUAGCGGGACCUUUACUUUGCCUGAGUGGCUUAUCUGCUCUGUAGUACAUCCAUGAUGGGGUCAGUGCAGGUGAAAGAAAUGUGGAGCAUCAGAGGGUUUCAGACAGUGGACUUGAUCUUUUAGCACAGGGACGACACAGGGUUUAUAUGGUCACUGAAAACCCAAAACAAUGCCCAAAACAAUUUACAAUUCAGUGGAAAAAAAACACAAAAGAACAACUUACUUUAAUUAGAUUUUACAUUGAUUCACUAUUACAUAUUACAUUACAUAUUACAUUACAGGCAUCUGUGCGCUUAGGUAUUGGGAUUCUCUCUUUCUGCCAACACUUUGUGACCGUGCAGCUGAUUGGAGUAGUGGCAUUGAAUUCUCAUCUUGCUUGCCCAAACCAAGAACUUUUUGGAAAAGAACUAGAUCAAAUAUAUAGUAUAUUACACAAUGGUGGUAAGUGUAUUUCUACUGUUUUGUACUGUGUCGUCAUUCACAUGAGGUCCAAAGUGUAUUCUCUGUGUGUGAAUUGAUAUUUAUCAGGAAUUCUGUGAAAUUCUGUGGCUUGUAUUUGUUCUGGUGUUGCUAUAUUUAGUUAGCUGUAUUUUUUCUACAGUGUCUUCACUUUCUGUGCAGCUUUCUCAGUACUUUCUUUCAAUUUUUCAAGUCCAACUGGCUUCCAUUGCCCAAUAGAGAUUUGACAAAGUGAAAUUGUUUGUAAUUACUAAAACAAAUUCUACUACUUUUUUUUUUUUUUUUUUUUUAACAAUGUUUAUUAUUUUUUCUUUAAAUCUGACAUUAAGAAGGGCAAGUGCCUUGUUUAAUACAAUAUGCAUUAGAACUGGGUCAAAGGGAUGAGAGGGCAAGAAAAAUGUAAAAAGGAAUGAACUAACUCUAAAAUAAACAAAAAAAAGAUUGGAUAAAGGGACAUACAGUAAUAUACAUGCAUUUUAAGGCUUUUAUCACAGAAAAGUUUAGGUUCAUGUCACACAAGCUUUAUUAUAGGUAGUCUUAUAUGGUGUUAUAUACUUAGAGAAUCUUUGUCUAUGUAUGGUAGAGUCUGGAGUUUUAUAAAGACUAUUAUCUUUGCAUUGUUUGUAAUGAACUGUAAAAAGUGGUAUAACAGAAUCCGUUUGAUAUACAGUCUCUCUAUUUUGCAACUGUACCAAAAGUGGCUUAACUACUGAAUAGCUUUGUUUUCUCUGUAGUGACUAGGAACGUGUGUGUAACUGUGAACAGUGUGUGCUGUGUAUGUGAUGAGGUAAUAAUAAUAUUCACUAUUUUAAUGAUGAUGGCUUUGAUCUCUAUUAAGGUAGCUACACCUAUUCUGGGAAUGUCCGUGUACCAUUAUCUCUCUACAGAGAAAGUAGUCUGGUGGUACUGCUUGGUUUGAAUGUUAUUUCAAGGCGGGACAAACAGACUCAGACUAAACCAAUCAGAGGCGUGAAAAAAGCUGUGUGUACCUGAUUAAGGUACCAUCUAUUCUUCCCUCUCCCUAAUCACUCAGAAUUGGCCCCUGAGCACAGUUUUUGAUUUUCCUCAUAUUGGAAAGGUUAUUUUUAGUGGGCUUUUGCCUGACAUACACUUGCCAAGAUAAAUUAUGUAUUAAAUUAAAAAACAAAAUGAAAUUUGUUUAAGCAGGAUGUUACAAGGGUACUUUGAUGUCUAUAUUUUGUAUGUUUAAUGUUAGUAUUGGUUUAGAGAAUUUUGUAUUUGUCAGGGAAGUAUUACUGUAUUCUGUGUUUUAUGCUCAAUUAUGUUAAGCUAUUUAAUGGCCUUGUGUGUAAAGUUUAAUUUAUUUAAAGUUAAAUUCAAACAGUUGUUAUUUUUGGGUAAAUUUAAAUAUAUGUAGAUCUCAUUCAAACACUGUUCCAUUUAACAAUGGGUGAACCUACACUUUCUAUUGUAAGGAGGGCUUAAGUAGACAGCUGUGUGCUUAUUAAGAUUAACAAAGACUUUUUAUUAAUGCAAAUUAACUGAAUUGGGAAUAACAAAAGGAGGAAAAUUGACUAAAGAUUAAAAACAUUUAUUUCCCAUAAUCUUUGGAACAAUAAGCAUAUUUGCAUACCCAGUCAACCAUAAAACCAGAGCUAUAUAAAGUGUUAAGUGAAAAAAGUCCAACGCUGUAUCUAUCAUUAGAGAAUUUAUAGCUAUUUAACCUCCAGCAACUAGGUUACCUGAUAGAGAUGUGGUUUGUGCCUGUCCCAAGCACUGAUAAAAUGUUCUGCAACUCUUUAAAGAACCUGAGCAAAAAAAUAAAUAAAACAAAAAAAGAUAUAUCACAACUUCACAUCUGUCCCCUUGUAAAAUACAAAAUAAUUAUCUAUUGUGGGCCACGGUAAAGCAACAUGUUUAUCGUGUUGGUGAUUUUUUAUUUUAUUUUUUAAUCAUUGGUGUAAAACUGUUAAAUGGACGUCUUCAUACAAAAAUAUGUUGUGGCUCACAGGAGCAGUGAUGCAAAUACAGUGUGUUGAAAACUGUCCUCAACUCGGCUCUAUGUUGUGUGGCUAAUCCUUGUGAGAGUUUUUAUAUUAGGCUUAUACGUGGCGUUCAGGUGAAGACAAGACACAAGAGUGUAGCACUGGUGUAAAGUAAAAUUUUAACUGAUUUUGUCUUCCGUAUAGGGUUUAUGGUGGCUGUAUUUUCAUUUUAAAAGUGCAAUGGGUUAAAGGGUCAUCCAACCACUGUGAUAAUCAACUGUGUUUAUGAGCUUGUAAGACACACUGACCCUAUUCUCUGUCUGCAGAGGGGUAAUAGCCCCACUCAUGAAAAGUCGUUUUAUCAGAAACCCACGCAACCACUCCUGGACCGCAUUCAUACAUAUUUUAUCAUUGCAGGAAGGAUUUUAAAAACUCCUCACCAUUUCCCACUUCACUUAAUCCACAAAGUGUUUUUGCAAUUUAACUCAGCAGGCGGCCAAGCCCUUCUUCAAAACAUCUGAUGAUAGAGGAUGCAAAUCAUUAACUCCUUAUCCUACUGUUCGGCCAAUCAGAGAGUCAUCACUAUGUUGUUUGCCUGGCUGUGGUGUAUCACGCCACCUCUAAAAGCCCUUUCACCCACCGUCUGAUCGAUCAGAGUGAAUGAACCAAGGAUUCUUUUGAUCACUCAAAUUAACUGUUUGUUUUUGCUUCUCUCCUCAUGCACUCAUCACAGCAACAACUGUACAACAUGACUAUUCAACUUUACCCUGUUUAAACACAAUCCAUGUCCUACAAUACUCAGUGGGUAUCUUUUUUGUUCUUAAGCAAUUAUUGAAAAGUAGUGAGUUUGUGUGAAAAUGGUUUAGUCUAUUUAGAAAUGCCCUGAUACUGUAAUAGGAAAGUCAGUGUUUUGUAUAUUUCUGUAUGGGGGUGUAAUAAAUUAUUCUCCAAUAGUACUUUCUGUGGGAAAAUGCUUAAAAUGUGACGGUCUUUGCAAGUAUUUAUCACCUAAAUUAUUGUUCUUUCUUUUCAAUUUGUGGAUACAGUAAGUGGUGAUGAUAAGGUAUUGGUAAUCUCAAGAAUAAUUGUUCAUUAUGGGUCUUAUGCAUCUUUUUAAUUUAUUGACGUACUGUAUAUAUUGUAUGUUUGUUAAUAAACAGCGUAAUUUAUUUUGUAUAUGAUUAAUAAACAUGUUCAAAUGUU